AUGUCGGACCAGAGGAACAACAUUCCAGUCGAUUCUCUAUGCGAACCCGAUCUUGGAACAAGACAUGUAGAGAAUGACAUGCGAUCCCCUCGCAUCAUUGACCUGAGAGGCUGCGACUCGUCGAACGGCCCAAUCGAGUUCUCGUUGCACCAAGAAAUCAUUGAGGGUCUCAGCAGGCAAACUCUUUUGGUUCCGGGUCACGCGCCGGACGAUCGCUCCUUUGCUUACUCCAAAGUAAUACCCACCGAUGACAACUUAGGCUUGGAAAUUUAUGAUCAAAUCACGACAGUUGAGGACUACUACCCUUUUGCCACCGAGUUGGCAAUCCUCCGUGCCAAGAGUCAUGAGAUCGCUUGUCGCCUCGGUGGACUGUGCACUUCUUCAACGUGCAAUCGUAGCCCAAGUUUCGUUAAACAAGAUACAGAUCAACGGGAAGAGGGGCAUGUGGACGGGUUUGUUCGCCCUGCGGCCGCAGCUCUUCAACAUUCAUCAUGCUCUUCCGCGAAUGCAACCGGGUUCUCCCUGACAACUAUCGAACUAGGGGCAGGUUCUUUGAAAAAAACCUCACAUCUAUUGGAAAAUGUGGCCCGACUGCUCCGAGCUCGUGGGGAAGAUCGAACGGUACCGCAUCUGUCGCAAGCAAAAUAUUAUGCACUCGAUCUGGAAAUGGAGCAGUUAAGCUCGACUCUAUCCGCGAUUCAACUCCAGGAAGAGAGCGGGGUGGGCCCUGCAAUCGGGUAUCAGGUUCAAGGCCAUGGUAUCUGCGGGACUUAUACCCAAGGCCUGGAUUGGAUUUACAGGUCGUUGACUACGACCAGUCACGCGGAAACUGCCGAGCUUGGAAAAACUAAAUGUCGAAAAGCGAUUCUUUGGUUAGGAUCGUCUAUCGGCAACUUUUCCCCUGCAGAAGCCGUGGAGUUCUUGAGAAAUGAACUCAGUCGAGCACUGGAUAGUGAAAGUCGAGCGCUGAUCGGUAUCGAUAAUUGCCAGAUACCAGAAAAGGUCCAGCUGGCAUAUGAUGAUCGGCAAGCAGUCACUAAGAAAUUCAUCCUGAAUGCGAUCACAGUUGUCGCUCGCCAUCUCGGUCUGCCUGAAUCUGUCUUGAGCCCCGAAGAUUUUGACUACGUAUCGCGAUAUAACGUAGGAAUGAAUCGGAACGAGGCCUAUCUGCGGGCUAAACGCGACAUUUAUUUCAAAGCCGCGUCAGUCGACGCAGUCGGUAGUGAGGUCCAAGCUGCUUCAAUCCGAAUCCAGACAGGCGAAUUGAUCCUUGUUGAAAGGUCAUAUAAGUUCUCACCAGACGACGCAUAUCGAUUGUUUGAUCAAGCGGGUCUGCGAGUCAUUCAGAAAUGGAGCGAUUCGUCUGAUCCAGUUGCCCCGACACACACUCUCUACCUCAUAGAACGCGCCGCUUUCCACUUUGUCCGUACGCCGCCAUGGCCUCCAACGGAAGACCAUCCACUUUCUUUGGCUGAACUGCCAGUAAUUCACAAGGACGACCCAUCCAGUUGGCAGUCACUCCUACGAAUAUGGGCCAAAAUAUCAAAACAUUCCUUACCAGUUCGGAUAUCAGAUAGACAUCAGCUUACACCCGCGAGCAAGCCUCCUAAUCCUCAGGGAGGCAAUGUAUCCAUAGCGUUCGAGGCAUCCAAAGGGGAAUUAGGCCCGAGAAAUAGUGGGGGGUUGCCCUCGAUGUCAGACUGGAUUACAUUAUGGAAAGCAUGGGACACGGUGACAAUAGAAAUGAUUCCUAAAGAUAUGUUGCACCAAAGACCCAUCGAUUUACGACAUGCUUGCUUGUUUUACCUGGGGCACAUACCUGUGUUUGCAGACAUUCAUCUUAGUCGAUACUUCGAGGUAGCAACCACGGAACCUCACCGGUUUGCUCAGAUUUUCGAACGCGGAAUCGAUCCCAACUUCGAAGAUCCCAGCAAAUGUAAUGAUCAUUCCCCGUUCCCCGAUCAAGAAAGUGAAUGGCCAUCUCUGGAAGAAGUGCUUCGAUUCAGAGAUAAAUUCCGAACGAGGCUCACCGGAGUAUAUGAAGGACUCGGAAAAGAACCGGGGAGCAAGAUUCUACUGACAAGAAAACUGGGCAGGGUUUUGUCGAUGAUAUACGAGCACGAGGCCAUGCAUCUUGAGACACUGCUCUACAUGUUACAACAGACUGAUUUUGUCAAUCAUCCGCCUGGUUUCACACCACCUGAUUGGCACUCCUUGGCCCGUGAAUGGGAUUCCACUGUGGAAGCUCAGACUGGAGAAUUCGGUCUGAUUGAAUACUCAACUCCGCAAACAAUCACUGUGGGGCAUGAUGACUUGGAACAAGACGAUUCGUCCAAACCUUUUUCUGAAGACCACGAGUAUGGAUGGGACAACGAAAGUCCAUCGAGAGAGGUGGAGGUCAAGCCUUUCAAGCUCGAAGCAACAACCAUCACCAACCAGGAAUACCUCGAAUUCGUACUGCAAGGCCUUUCUGACGCCGAACCCAUCCCCCAUCAUGUGAUUCCUGAAUCAUGGGGUUAUAUCUUCAACGCCAGCGAUCAGGAAUCUAAGAGACAUCAAGUUGUGAUCAAGACAAUUUAUGGGCGAAUAUGUUUUGACUUUGCGAAGCAUUGGCCAGUGCAAGCAUCGGGAAGCCAGCUAGAAGCUUUCGCGAAGUGGAAAGGCGGUCGGUUGCCCACUGCUGAUGAGCUCAGAGUAUACCUUUUCGACAACCCAAUUAGCCUGUCAGCCCAAAAUCCAAUCGGAUUUCUCAACUGGCAUCCCCUUCCACCUCAGAGGCCCCGGAAAGGAAUGGAUGGACGCUGGCGAGGAGGCUGGAACGGUGGAGUUUGGGAAUGGACUUCUACUACAUUUGAGCCUCACCCGAACUUCAAACCUAGUCUAUUAUAUCCGGGUUACUCGAAAGACUUCUUUGACGGAGAGCACAACGUCCUACUGGGUGGCUCUUGGGCGACGAUUCCACGAAUUGCACAUCGAAAAAGUUUCGUCAACUGGUAUCAGUUCAAGUAUCCGUACGUUUUUGCGGGAGGCCGAGUUGCCUACGACUACUGA